AUGGCUUCAGUGCGUAAGAGAAAGAUGGCUAGAUCUUCCGUACGGAGGGUUUCUAGGAAGAAUAAGGACAAGCAAAGAAAGAUUAAUAUCUCCUGUAAUCCAAUUAUUGAAAGAAACUGGGACUACAAUUUAACUUUAGCCCAAAAUUAUAAAAAGUUGGGGCUAAGAGCUAAGCUGGGUAAACUUGCAGGGGGUGAAGAACCUGACUUGAGUAAAACUGUGAAGAAGAAACCAAUAACGAACCAUUCAUUUCCUAAUAUAGAUAGUGAUGAAAAUGAAAAUGAAGAUAAAACACUUUUUGAUUUAGAUAAUGAAGAGGAGUUUGACGAGAAUAAAAUCCCUGAAGGCGAGGCUCGUAUUCAGCGUAGUGCUGAUGGCUCUGUCAUUAGAGUAGUGUACGGUAAAAUGAAGAACAUUGACAUUGACGAUGAUAUUCCUACUUUACAAAAAAAAAUGCACCAAUCUGAGAAUCUGACACCAGUAGUAAGUGAACUUCUGGAGUAUUCCAAUCGCCCAAUUGUUAAAAGACCAAGAAUUCAAAGUUCUAGAGAAGAAGAAUGGUUAGAGAGACUUUAUAAUAAGCAUGGUGAUGACUAUAAUGGUAUGGCACGUGACCUGAAAUUAAAUAUUUAUCAACAGAGUAUUGGCGACAUAAAACGAAGAAUAUCUAAGUGGAAGAAAAAACAUAAUAUUUCCUAA